GUCGGCGAUUUUGGAUUGUGAUCAUUGCCGUAGUUUAGCAAAAUGUCUCUGAAAACACUUUACACUUCCAUCGCGUGCAAUCGAACCCCGGAAUCGCUCGAUUGGGGUGACGAUGGACUGAUAUACUUUGCCGCAAAUAACGUUGUUGCCGUGUUUAACCCGCAGUUCCAUGGAUCGGUGAAAAUCGUGGGAACACUGUUUGGUCACAAAGCGAGGAUUAACGCAAUUUGUGCGAUUCGGAAUGCUAGCGAUUGCAACGGUGGAAUUCAUCUCGCCUCCGGUUCCGACGAUGGGACAUGCAUCCUGUGGAAUACGAGCGAUGAGCAUUCAUCUUCGCCCGCUCGUUUUACGUUGAGCGGCCACAAAGGAGGGGUGACAUCGGUCGAUGCUUUCGUUGAUGCAUCGAACAACUUAAUCGUAGCAACCGGAUCCGUGGAUAGCACAAUUAGAUUAUGGCACGUCGCCGGGAAUGAUAAUGAGUUUGUCUGCUCCCAAACCAUCGACUUACAGACGGGACUUACGUUUGGCCUCAAAUUGUUCGCUUUGGUCGCAUCGAAUGCAACCAUGCUGGCGUACACCACCGACACAGACAUGGUGAAUCUAUGCGUUUCGCAACCGGACACAGCCCAACCGGAGUCCGGGGCCAAAUUUGUGCAAGUUGAGCAACUGCGCGGACACGUGGAUUGGGUACGUGGGCUAACUUGUACCCGGCUGCCGGACAGUGAUGAUUACCUGUUGGCCAGUUCGUCGCAAGAUACAUUCGUACGACUGUGGCGCAUUUCGCCAAGAAAAACCCUGACAGCACAGAAACCCAUCGAAGAAAUUCAGUUCGAUGAAGAUAUAACGCUCGAAGAGCGAACUUUCACGGUGGUAGGAAAAGACGGCGGGAAGUACCAUUACGCCUUAUCGCUGGAAUCGGUUCUACAAGGCCACGAGGGGUGGGUGUACGGAGUUCACUUUUGCACGCGAGACAACCAGCUGCAGCUGCUGUCUAGUUCCAUCGACAAAAGCCUCAUCGUCUGGACACCGUCGGAGAGUGGCGUUUGGAUGGAGAGUGUCCGCGUCGGUGAGGUCGGUGGGUCUUCGCUCGGGUUUUAUGGUGGAAAGUUUUCUCCCGACGGACGAUCCAUUAUCGGGCACGGUUUCCAAGGUAGUUUUCAUCUGUGGCACGAAGAUACGGAGCAGCCGGGCUUGUGGAAACCGGGAAUCAUCAUCGGGGGACACUUUGGUGGUGUACGCGAUCUGUCGUGGGAUCCCACCGGGGGCAUGUUCCUUAUGACCGUUUCGAUGGAUCAAACCACACGAAUUCACGCUCCCUGGCGAAGGGCGGCACAGGACCAGAUUGAAACGUGGCACGAAAUAGGACGCCCGCAAGUGCAUGGUUACGAUAUGCAAUGUUUGACCCUUUUGUCCCGCUAUCGUCUCGCGAGUGCGGCGGAAGAAAAAAUAAUUCGAGUCUUUCAGGCACCGUCCAAUUUUGUACAGAACUUUCGAGCUUUGUGCCGUGUAACGGAAGAUCCGGAAGGUGACUCGAUUGUGGAAGGUCAUCCAAUGGGAGCGUCGGUGCCCUCACUCGGGCUGUCCAACAAGGCGGUGUUCGAAGUAGAGCAACCGGAAGCGGACAGCAGACACAUCAAGGAUAUGUAUCCGGAACAUUACUUCAACCCCGUUUCAAUGGAUGCACCGCCAGCGGAAGAAACGUUGAUGCAAAACACACUCUGGCCAGAAAUUCAGAAGCUCUACGGACAUGGCAACGAACUGUACUCGAUUGCUGCCUCAUCCGACGGUAGUCUUAUAGCGUCUGCGUGUCGAGCGACUUCCUCAGACCAUGCGCAAAUUUUACUCUGGGACACACAAACGUGGCGCAUCGUGCAACAGCUGGCAGCCCAUCAGCUAACGGUCACGCAGCUUUCCUUUGCACCCAACAAUCGGCUCCUGUUGGCCGUCUCGCGUGACCGUACGUUUUCCGUGUACGAACGGCAACAAGACGCGGUCGAUUUUAAGCAGGUGAUGCGUUCGGAUAAAACGAAUGGAGUUCAUACGCGUAUCAUCUGGUGUUGCGACUGGUCGCACGAUUCGGAAACGUUCGUUACUGGCUCUCGUGAUGGCAAAGCUGUGGCCUGGAGCCGCCAGCAUGCAGAAGGAACCGAUGGUCGAGGGUGUUUCACGUCGAACCGGGUGCUUGAACUCAAGAAUGAAUCAAUAACGGCGGUUGCUUUCGGCCGCAAGAAGCUAUCUGAUGAGCGUUACCUGGUGGCGGUUGGGUUGGAGAAGGGUUUCAUCAAGCUGUACGCGUUGGGCCAGUGGAAUCUGCUGCUCAACAUUGAUCAGUCAUACGCUCACCAUCAGACCGUUCAACGUUUAUCAUUUCGGCCACAUGUUGACGAUCAUCAACUGGCGAGCUGCGGUGAUGAUGGGUUGGUUCGUAUUUACAGUAUAGAAUUGUAAGAAUGUAGUUAAACAUAAGAUCACAAUAUUGGCGGAAUAAAAUAAAUACCUAAAGCAAUGGUGUU